AUGAUUGAAGCAGCUGCUCGACUUGAGAAACUGGCGCAGAAUGCCUUGAAGACUUCGAUCAAUACGAUAAUUGAGAACUCUUCUAAGGAGAAUAACACUUGCACGUUGGAGAAUUUGCGAGUUCGUCGGAAUUGGAGGGCUUUUACUCCCGCCGAAAAGAAGUCUUAUAUCAAGUCUGUCUUGUGUUUGACCAAGUCUCAAUCGAUCACUCCGUCUCACUUGGCACGUGGAGCAAGAUCUCGAUUCGAUGACUUUGUUGCUGUUCACAUAAACCAGUCAUAUCACGUUCACCGCGACGGCCUCUUCUUUGCAUGGCAUCGAUAUUUUAUCUACGAAUAUGAACAAGCUCUACGGAAUGAAUGCAACUACACAGGGGACUAUCCAUACUGGGAUUGGGCCGCAGACGCCGACAAUCUCGAGGAAUCCCAGCUAUUCGACGGCAGCGAAACUUCUCUCUCAGGAAACGGCGCACACAUCCCUAAUGAACUUCCAAUAGGAGCCCGAAUCCCAGGCCCAUACCCCCCACUCUGGCUCCCACCCGGAACAGGAGGCGGCUGCGUAACAAGCGGUCCUUUCAAAAAUAUGACCGUGAAUCUCGGCCCAUCCUAUCUCGCCGUACCAGGCGACAACAUCACCCGGAUGUCCAACCCAUUAGAUUACAAUCCACGCUGUCUAAAGCGAGAUUUAACAACGGCUCUCCUACAAAUGUACGUGAACUACACGUCGAUCGUGGAUUUAAUCACCCAAAGCAAAAUCAUCUGGGAUCUACAAGAUAAAAUGCAAGGCCAGGCAAAUUCACCUGGCUUGCAUGGUGAUUCACCCGGGUUACAUGGUGGAGGUCAUUUCGCUAUGGGUGGUGAUCCAGGUCGAGAUGCGGAUGCUAGUGCUGGGGAUCCCGCCUUUUAUCAUCAUCAUGGGAUGGUGGAUCGGGUUUGGUGGAUUUGGCAGAAUAUGGACUUGAAGAAUCGGGAGUAUGCUGUUUCGGGGACGAGCACGUUUAUGGAUAGGCCUGAGUCGGCUAAUGUUACGUUGGAUUAUUUGAUAGAUGUUGGGUAUGCGAAUGGGAAUCGGGGGUCUGUUGCUUUGAGGGAUUUGAUGAGCACUACUGCCGGGCCGUUUUGUUAUGUUUAUUUGUGA